AUGAAAAAAUAUUGUAAACAAAUAUUCAUAUUAUCAAAUCAAUAUGAUAUUAAUUCUGUUAAAGAUACUUGUAUACAAUUGAUUAAUCUCGUUAAAACUGAUUCGUCAUCAACUGAUAAACAAACUGAAUCUAUGAAUACAGUUCUUAUACCACCUACAACGACAGUUUCUAUACAUUCAAAUAUUUCCAAUGACAAAGAGACUCAUCCUGUAUAUGUUAAAACACAUAAGAUUGCUACAAAUUUUAUAUUAUCUUUGAUUAGUCGUCGAUUAGCUGUACGAAAACAAUUAAAUAAUCGACUUUGUCGUCUAAGUGAUAUUAUGUGUUUUCUUGGUGUUUUUGGAAUUAUUCUUAUGACUAUUGUCAAUGAAAUAGGAUUUAAUCAAAUUGAUGAUGAAUAUGCUAAACUCAGUUGGUUUAUCAAAUUAACUAUUACUUUGUCAACAAUUGUUCUUAUUGGGUUAAUAUUAUAUUAUCAUCGUAUAGAUAUAAAUCUCUAUUCUGUUAAUAAUUCAAUUAAUGAUUGCCAUUUUACAAUAACAUACACAAAAAUAUUCUUAAUAGCAAUUGAAAUAUUAGUUUGUGCUAUACAUCCUAUACCUCAUUCGUUUCCUCUUCAUUCGAAUACAUCAUUAGAAAAUAUAAGUUCAAAUUCAACUGUAUCUACUCAUGAUACUUUUUCUUCUAUGGCUGGCGAUAUAUUACUUGGUUUGCCAAUGUUUGCUCGUCUUUAUUUAUUUGGUCGUGUUAUCAUGUUUCAUUCACAUCUAUUUCGUGAUGUAUCACUACGAUCCAUUGGUUAUCUUAAUAAAGUAUCAAUUAAUUUCUUCUUUCUUAUGAAAACUCAUCUUGAACGAUUUCCAACAAUUUGGUUAACAGCAUUUUGUGUAAUUCUCUGUAUUAUUGGAAGUUGGUGUUUACGUGCAUGUAGUUACUUACCAAACAAUCAACAUUUAUCAGUGCUUGAUGCAAUGUGGUUGUUCAUUGUGACAUUUAGUACGGUUGGUUAUGGAGAUUUGGUACCUUCUUCAUACUGUGGACGAAGUAUUGCUGCUAUAAUCGGUUUAGUUGGUGUCUUUUCAACGGCUCUUGUUAUUGCUGUUCUUGCACAAAUGCUUUUGUUGGAUCGAUGGGAAAAAUAUGUGCAUAAUUUUGCAUUGCAGGCGGAAUUGGAGAAAGAUCGUAAAUCACAAGCGGCAAAUGUAGUUAAAUUUACAGUAAAAAUUUGGUAUUUAAGAAAAAAACAUAGAUCUGGAUUAUCUAUUCAACAUCUUCAAGCACAACGGCAACUAUUUAAUGCAAUAGAUUCUCUUCAACUUAUUAAACAUAAACAACGAAAAUUAAUUGAUCGUUGUGUUGAUCAAAUUGAUAUAAUUACUUUACAACGCACUGCAAGUGAUAAAACAUAUGAAGUUACGAGACAAUUAACAUUCCUGAAAGCUAAAAUUGAUAAUAUAGAAGAGAAACUUGUUGACAUGAAUAUAAAUAUAAACAAUACAAUGAACGAUAUACAAAAAACACUUCAUAUAUUGUUGGAUAAAGUUGCGAAAUAA